AUGAAGUACCUUCUCCCAACCCUCGGCUUCGCUGCGGCCGUCGCUGCACAUGGCUAUGUCGACAAUGCCACCAUCGCAAACAAAGUAUACACCUUCUACCAGCCCUACCAGGACCCGUACAUCUCGCCCACCCCGCAGCGCAUCUCCCGCCCUAUCCAGGGCAACGGCCCUGUUCAAGACGUGACCAUCGCCGACCUCCAGUGCGGCGGCUACUCUGAAGGUGGCGUCGUCGGGUCUUCGCCCGCAGCUCUCCACGCAGAUGUUGCUGCUGGCUCUGAGGUUUCACUUCGCUGGACGCUCUGGCCUGAGAGCCAUGUCGGGCCCCUCGUGACCUACAUGGCGCGCUGCCCAGAUGCGGGCUGCAACAGCUAUAUGCCUGGCUCUUCCGCCGUCUGGUUCAAAAUCAAAGAAGAAGGCCGGACCGGCACCACCAACACCUGGGGCGACACCAAGCUCAUGCAACCCGGCGGCGUGGCCACUUACACCAUCCCCUCCUGCCUCAAGCCCGGGUACUACCUCGUGCGUCACGAGAUCAUCGCCCUGCACGCCUCCUACGCCUAUCCCGGCGCGCAAUUCUACCCUGGCUGCCACCAGCUCAAGGUCACUGGGUCUGGCUCGACGACGCCUUCUGGGCUUGUGGCCUUCCCAGGCGCGUACAAGGGGAGCGAUGCCGGCAUCACGUAUGAUGCAUACAAGGCGCAGACGUACACUGUCCCGGGGCCCAGUGUAUUCAAGUGCUAG